CAGCGCUGUAGCCAUGACAUGGUCAUCUGCGGUCCGUGCUGGCAAAGCUGGCUUGAGGUACAAGUUGCCACACAGCAUGUCGGUAACAUCUACUGCGCUCAGUGCGACUCUAGGCUUGGUCGCGACGAGAUACAAGAUCUUGCAGCGGAUGUGGUGUACGGACAGUAUGUCGAUGCUGAGGUGAGAGCCAUGCUCACGUCCAACCCAGACUUUGUGUGGUGUCAAUCUGGUAAUUGCACGCAUGGUCAGCUUCACACCGGAGAUGACAUAUUUCGAUGCGGUUCCUGCGGGUAUAAGCAUUGCAUGCUAUGCGAUGUGGUGUGGCAUGCCGGAGAAACUUGCGGAGACCAUCACGCAAAGAUUGUGCAUCAAAAGCAGCAUCGACAGCGAGCUGAGAUUUCCUCUGAGUCAUGGAUCAAAACGUAUGCAAAGCAGUGUCCCUGGUGUCGCCGGAAGAUCCAGAAGGAUGGGGGCUGUGACCACAUGACCUGCAGAGUGUGCCGCCACCAGUUCUGCUGGGUAUGCCUCGCCUCUUAUAACAACGUGCUGCGUCUUGGGAAUCAGAAGCAUAAGAAGUCGUGUAUAUACUAUCGGCCAUGGCUGAAGCGGCGCCGCGGGUUAUGA